AUGGCAGCCCACUCCAGUAUUGUUGCCUGGAGAAUCCCACAGACAGGGGAGCCUCAUGCACUACAGCCCACAGGGCUGCAAAAGAGCCAGACAGGACUUAUCAACUGGAUAGCAACAACAACACUUGUACAUCUAGAUACAACUGUAACCCUUUGCAAAUACAUGUAUUGCAAAUAUUUUCUCCGAGUUGUGGCUUGUCAUUUCAUUUCCUUUUCAAGAGCAAAAGCUUUUAUCAAAAAAAUUUUUAAAUGGUCUGUGCUUUUUGUGUCCUAUUUAGGAAGUCUGUCUACAUUUUAUCUAGAAGUUUUUUUUUAA